AUGCACAAAUCCGGCAUCAUCAGGGUGGCCAAGUACAAUCAGUGGCUAUCCAAUAUAGUGUCGGUUCGCAAGAAAAAUGGCAAAAUGAGGGUCUGCGUGGAGUAUAGAGACCUUAAUUUGGCUACCCCCAAAGACGUCUAUCCCAUGCUGGUCGCGGACAUGUUGGUAGACGCGGUAGGUGACUUUCUGGGUUUCAUUGUCCACCAAAGAGGCAUUGAGGUCCCUGAGGAUGAAGCAAAUGCAGUCAUCAACGUAUCUCCCCCGCGAACUAAGAAGGAGCUGCAGCGGCUACUGGGUAAGAUCAAUUUUCUGCGGCAGUUCAUCUCUAACUCCGCUGGUAAAAUUCAACCAUUUUCCCUAUUGCUGAAGCUACAAGGACAAAAUGAAUUCGUCUGGGAACCUAAACAUCAAAAGGCUUUUGAUAAAAUCAGGGCCUAUCUCGUAAGCCCGCCAGUGCUUGUUCCUCCCAGGGCUGGAUUCCCACUAAAGUUGUAUAUUUCAGCAGCUGAGGCUUCUAUUGGCAGCCUACUCACUCAGGACGCUGAAGAGGGCAUCGAGCAUGCCAUCUUUUACGUCAGCAGGACACUCACAGAUUAUGAAACGAGGUACACUCCCAUGGAAAAGCUAUGCCUCACGUUAUACUUCUUAGCAUGUUUAGAGGUGUUGCUGGAACUAGGAGUCAGAGACAUCCAGGUCCGGGGAGACUCUUUACUCAUCAUUAAUCAACUUCGCGAGAAGUUCCGAUAUGAGCUCGCCCAACUGGCUACAGGCAUUACUUUAAAAUAUGGAGUUCGCGAACGAAUCUUAAAAGUCGAGCGCCGCAAGUUGCCUUCGUGGCUUGCGAGGCCCGACCCACCUGAUGAGCCAACAGUGGCUGUUUUAGACCCUAUUGACGUGGAUUGGUGGGUUCCUUUAAUCACCUACCUUAAGCAGCCAGACUCCUCUACUGACAGGAAGAUACGUUUUCUCGCACUUAAUUAUUUUCUUAGGAACGACGAGUUGCGGCGCUGCGGAGAGGACGGCAUGAAUUUCAGGUGUGUAUAUGGCCGUGAAGCUAAGCGCUUAAUGCGAGAAGCACAUCACAAGUUCAUCAUCGUCGCCACUGACUUCUUUACUAAGUGGGUCAAAGCUGAGCCUUUGAAGGAGGCUUCCGGUGCCACCAUCCGCCAAUUUAUCUUUAAUCAUAUUAUUUGCAGGUUUGGCGUUCCGGAGGUUUUAGUCUCGGACAGGGGGGCAGCAUUCAUGGGUCGCGACAUGGCACAACUUGUCGCUGACUUAGGCAUACAAUUCAUUCAUAGCACUCCCUAUUAUGCUCAAUCCAACGGACAAGCAGAGGCCAGCAACAAGAUCGUCAUCACCUUACUAAAGAAAAUGCUGGCAGAAAAUCCUCGCCAGUGGCAUGAGACAUUGUAUGAGACCCUUUGGGCCUAUCGCACCUUUAAGCAUAGCCCCACGACCACGACACCCUAUGCUUUGAUGUUUGGACACGAGGUGGUUUUACCAUUGGAGAUCAACGUCUAG